AUGACCUCGAUCCCCCCCAGGUCAGGCCUUCAACCUCAAGGACAGAGCACCUCGACCCAGGCCGCCUCUUCGCACUCGUCUGCCCCAUCGCUCAGUGGGAAAUCGGCUCCGCCGCCUGCUUCCACCAGGUCCUACGCCAGUGCCACCAAAAAGUCCGCGACGGACUCGACCGCCGCUCCCGUCACCGUGGGAGGUUCACCACACCAUGGGAAGUCGACCUCAGUAUCUCCUGUGAGCGGCAAACCCAUGCAGCAAUCCCAGUCCCCCAGCGUUACGAUCGUCAAUGGCGCCCCGGCAUCGGCUCCCUCGCAAGGCGACCACUCCCGCAAGCCCUCUGUGACCAUCACCUCCGCUGGUACCUCCGGUUAUAUCCCCAACGGGGGCCCCAAUAGUCGUCCCAAUAGCCUGCAGUUCGGCUUUGCCGCCAACCAGCAGACCUCCCCCAAUAUGGGGAAUCCUCCAGCUUUGGCGAACCAGCCCCAAUCCGGGUUGACUGCCACCCCGACUAUGAAUCCCCGUGUCACCUCGCCUCAGACGUCUCCUUCGCCUAUCCCCCAGCCCGCCUCGAGCGGUGGCCGGCCACCGCCGUCGUCUUACCAGUCUCAGGGUAACGUUCCCAACUUUGGCAGCUUUGGCGAAACCGGUGAUAACCAACAGAUACGUCUGAACCCUCAAACUCCCCUUGGUCCCGGUCCCCAGUCGACUCAUCUGCGACGGGAAUCGUCGCAGUCAACACACAGUGACAUGAGCAACCAUAUGGCUAGUGGUCCGGGAGGUCGUGGUGGUUAUCCUCAUCAGGGCGGUCGUGGUCGCGGCUACUCGCAGUCCGGAGGAUAUCAGGGCCAAAUGCAUUACUCUCCAGGUCCCAACUUCCGCACGCCUAAUCAGCCUCGAGGCGGUCCCAGUAUGGGCCCGCAGUUCCACGGCCCUAACCAAGGACGACCGCUGGCGCCUUUCCCCAACUCGCCUCAAGCUAACCGUAGCCCAGCGCUGGCCAACGCGCAUCCCGCGACACCUCAGAUGAACCAGGUUCCCAUGGCACCUCCGCAGAUGCCUCCCCAGCCCUAUGGCUCCUAUGGGCCGCACAUGGCCCCGCAACCAGUGAGGACCCAUUCUUCCCACAGACCCCCUCGUCGUGGCCCUUUUCCCAAGCGAAAGCAAGGAUAUCGCGUUUCAGCUUCCCCCCGUCUCCCCCCACCCCCUUCUCCCCUACGUCUUCCUCCUCCCAAUCUGGCUCCUGAGAGCGGUCAAUUUGAGCAAUAUCUAACGCUGAUGAAAUCCCACCAGUAUCCCUACGACGCGAGCUAUGGGUACUACAAUCAGGGCUAUCCCAUGCAGCAGUACAUGACCCCCCCGUCGCCACAGACGCGCCCCGGAAUGCCGUACAAUGCCCAGCCCAGCUACAUGCAGCCGCAGUACCCCGUGCAGCCCCAGCCGCAGGCAACAUCGCUGUCCCGAUCCCCCUCCCAGGUUUCGAAUGACCGUCCGGGUUCCAGUCUGGGCCAGGGCCAGCCAGCCGCCGGUCCACAAGCACCGACCCAUACUCACACGGCCAGCCGUUCCUCGAACAGCCCUGCUCCAGCCGGCAAGCCGAACUUCGUCAUCCCCGCCAAGAAGAGCCCCAUUGUCAUCAAGGACCCGGGCAGUGGCGUGGUGAAGACCUUCGAAAAGACGCCCGCGUCCCCGGCGCGCGUGACCCCUUCCCCUGUCAAGAUGGCGACGCCAACCUCCACUCCGCCCCCGCGCACGGGCAGUGGUGCCGAUCACGCCCGGUCCGACUCCAAAUCUGUCAAGACGGACGAGGAGAAGAAGAAGGAACUGAUGGAUGCGGUGCGCCAGAAGAUCGAAAAGGCCGAGGAGGAAGCAUCUGCGGCCAAGCAGAAGAAGGAGGAAGAAGAAGCCGCUGCUCGCAAGAAAGCCGAGGAAGAGGAGGCUGCACGCAAGCAAAAGGAGGAGGAAGAAGCAGCUCAGAAGAAGGAGGCUGAUGAAGAAGCUGCGCGCAAGGGUCUGGAAGAUCUCAGCCUAAAGGACAAGACUGAAGGUGCCGAACCCGCCGCGGAUUCGAAGGAUUCCCAGCCUACCCCCGCGGAUGACGACGAGGACGACAUUGACUAUGAUGCGAUUGAACGGGAGAUGGCGGAAAUUGAAGCCAAGGAGGCUGCUGCAGAAGCCGCUUACUAUGCCAAGAAGCAGGCGGAGAAGGAGGAGAGGGAGCGCAAAGAAAAGGAGGAACGUGAAGCGUACGAGGCCAACAUGAAGGCCGCCGAACGGGAGGCCGAGGCCCUGGAAGAGGCCCGGAUGAAGAAGCAGGAUGCCGGCGAGCAAGAUGAAAGCAGCAAAGAGCUCUUUGCCUCCCUGAAGAAGGGUGGGUUUGCGGCCACUGAAACAAGCACCCCUGCGGACAGCGGCACUGCUACUCCUGCAUCCGAUGCGUCCAUGGGGCCGCCCGCGAAGCCCGCCAGUUCCGCAAAGCGCGAGAAGCCAGCUGCGCUCAAGUUGGAGACCAACAAGGCCGUGGAGCCGCCUCAGCCUAGUGCUGCCAUGAAGGCGUUGCACUCCGCUCGCUUCGUCGAGGAUCUCAGCAAGAUUUCUUACCCGGCCUCGAUUGUGUCGCCCAACCCAGCCUUGAACGCCAGCGCUCCCGCGGACCGCAAGUUCCACUACAACAAGGAGUUCUUGCUGCAAUUCCAGAACGUAUUCAAGGAGAAACCCUCCGUCGACUGGGAUUCUCGGGUCCGUGAGACAGUGGGAGACAGCGACUCGUCGCGCCCUCAGUCGGCUCGCACCCCGAUGGCGGGUGGCCGUAACUCCUCGCGCUCUGGCAUCUCUCAGGGCUUCAACAUGGGCUACUUUGGCCAGACUGCUGUGCGUCACAGUUUGCCUCCCGGCUCGACCUCGGAGCAACGGUUUGCCUUGGCGAAUGCCGCCCGCACCUCCUCGUCGCCAUUCGGCCAGUUGGGUCGCCCUGGCAUGGGCGGCAUGGGUGCUCCCAUUAGCCGUACCAAUUCCGCCAACGCGAUGGGAAUGCCCUCAUCGCCACGUAUCGGAUCCAGCAACCGUUCCGGCACGCGGACGGGCAGCAAACGCGAGAAGCAUCAAGCGAAGAAGGAGGAAGAAAUGGCCAAGUCGAUGCCCCUCACCGCUGGAAAGGACGUCCCGGCUCUUCAGAUUUCUUCCACCGGCUGGAAGCCUCGCAGCGUCGGCCAAUCUGCGACAGCUGCUGGCCCUACUCCUGCUGGCUCCACUUACAUGGCUCCUGAUGUGGUGCAGCGGAAGGUGAAGGCUGCUCUGAACAAGAUGACUCCAGAAAACUUCGAGAAAAUCUCGGGCCAGAUUCUGGAAAUCGUGUCCCAGUCAAAGGACGAGACCGAUGGCCGUACAUUGCGGCAGGUAAUCCAGCUGACUUUCGAGAAGGCUACCGACGAGGCCCACUGGGCUUCGAUCUAUGCCAAGUUCUGCAAGCGUAUGCUUGAGAGUAUGAGUUUGGAUAUCAAGGAUGAGAACAUUCGAGAUAAGAACGGCAAUGUGGUCGCUGGUGGCAGCCUGUUCCGCAAGUAUCUCCUCAACCGCUGCCAGGAAGAGUUCGAACGUGGGUGGAAGGUUAACCUGCCUCCUAAGCCCGAAGGCCAGACGGAAGAGGCGGCGAUGAUGUCGGAUGAAUACUAUAUUGCAGCCGCCGCUAAGCGUCGCGGUCUGGGUCUGGUGAAGUUCAUUGGAGAACUGUACAAGCUGGGCAUGUUGACGGAACGUAUCAUGCAUGAGUGUGUGAAGAAGCUGGUGGAUUACGAGGGCUUGCCUGAUGAGGCCGAGGUUGAGAGCUUGACUAGUCUCCUGCGCACUAUCGGUGCUAGCCUUGAUAUGUCUGAGAAGGGACAUGCAAUGAUGGACGCUUACUUCCACCGCAUCAGCCUCAUGAUGCAGACUCCUGGAUUGCCCAGCCGUCUGAGGUUCAUGCUGCUGGACAUUAUCGAUUUGCGUUCUGCUCGCUGGAUGUCGAAGGACGCUGAUAAGGGACCUAAAACCAUCCAACAGAUCAGAGAGGAGGCUGCCCGUGCCCAACAAGAGGCCGAAAUGGAACGUCUCCGCCAACAAGCUUCUCGGGGUGGACGCCCCACCAUGGGCCGGGGCGAUUCUCGCAAUUUCUCUGGCGGUUAUGGUAAUCAGGCACCUCCACCGGACUAUGCAUCCAGCAAGGUUGGAAGUGACGAUCUGCGCCGUCUGCGGACGACUCGAAACACCAACCAGCCCAUGUCCUUUGGACCUUCGAGUAUGCUAGGCUCCCGAAGCAGCAGUGGUCGGAAGAACCUUGGCCCCGGAGGCAACUUGGUUCGUGGCAGCGACGACAGUGCAGCCAGCAGCCGAACUGGAACACCCCCGGCCGGCAAGAGGGAAGAUAAAGAGGCCGCGUCAUCGAUCAACGCAUUCAGUGCUUUGGCUAGCUUGGAAGAUCGGGACAACAUGGCAACCUCUCCUCCUUCGAACCCAACUUCACCCAUGCUAACCAAGUCGCAACCUGCGACUGAGCGCCGACCAUCCAAGACCCCGUCGAAAGAUGGCGGUGAAGAGGCACAAUAG